UCUCUCCGUAUUGAAUGGGGGAGUGUUUGUGUUAUUUAGUACCUCAGAUUUCAGAAAGCUGAAGUUCUCAACAUAACAUGUGAAGAUGAACAGCAAUGUGAGACCUUACCAGGUUUAGGUAAUAAUACACUGGACAGGUGAGUCACUUAGCAUGUUAAGAUAGUUUAGGGACUAAUAAUAAAAGAUGUUAUAAACCAGAACAAACUGUUUGGAAUUUAUUCUGAAGGUUCUAUUUAAAAAUGAAGUCACGUGUUGAAAGUUUUACUCUCGCAUCAGUGUAAAGGCGCUCAGGGAAGUUAGGUAGAGAAGCUAGUAAGGAGACUACUGAAAUUAAUAUUGGUCAUAGAUGCUGAAGCUUAAACAUUGAUAGUGAAUGGAGAGCAAAGGAUGCAUAAAAGGAAAAAAAAUGUAAAAUAAAGGAGUUGGAUGUAGUGAGAUCGGUGGGGGUGGGGUCCCCACAGUUUUUGUUUUAGGCGAUCAGGGAAUGAUAAUGUUGAUGUCAUUAACCAAUACAAGAAAUAAAGAAGAAAACCAAGUCAUUCAAUGAUUAUCUGAAGCUAUUUCACUACAAAAGCCAACUACUUAGAAAGAACCAUUUCUUUAUAUGUAAUGUAUUUUAAUGAUGUAUUAUGUUCUUUAAGGUUAAGAGAGAAGAAAUCACGAAGACUGCAUUGAGCUGAGGUGUGAAUAGGCAUGAAGUCUGCAGCAGGGUAAGGUGUGAGGAGUGGAAACAGUGAGUAAAGGUAAAUUGUUCAUGAGGUUUGCCAUUGAAAGAAUGUAAAGCAGUAGUUGGGUGAGCAGAUAAGAUUAAAUAAAGGGAUAUUUUCACUGUGGGAGAAUGCAAGGUGUGGAAGUACCUUGAAAUUUGGCCUUUGUUCUGGGUUCCUGAGAGUGGAACCACACUUGGGGCUGAUGAGUGGGGACUGACCAAACCAAGACAGACCAUCUGGCACCUGAAGCUGACUAAACCUCAGGAGGCAUGAUGUAAUCUAUCAUCGCCAUGUGGGCAGGCUGAUAAGAGCCCUGAACCAAAGGUUCAGAUGAAUUUUCUGGUUGGUGACCAUGCACAAGAGAGGGUAAUGUGUCCCCCUUUGGGACAUGGAGGCUUUGUGCUGGGACUUCUCUAAGACCUUACCCUACGUGUCUCUUCAUUUGUAUCUUUUUAGGUCAUAAUAAAUCCAUAGUCAUAAAUAUUGUGUACUGUUCAUGAGAUUCUGUGAGUUGUUCUAGUGAGUUAUUGAACCCACAGGAGCAGUGACAGCCAGCAGGGGCUUGUACCUGCCUAUUUGGCAGCCUGAAGGACUGUGUCCUUUUAAUUUGUGACCUAUGACCUAGCUCCAGGUGGUUAGGAUCAUAGAAGAGCUGCAUGGGUAGCUGGUCUGAAGGAUGGUGUUCAUCUAACUUGUGAACUCUGACUCAGCUCUAGGUGGCUAGGGUUAGAGUGUUCCACAUGGGUAGCUGACAAUGAGGAUGGAGAAAUGAGAAAGGUGAGUACUGGACCCAUCUCCACACUUUGGGAUUGGAUUCAUGCUAAUUCUUACCACACAGUUUGCAAUGAAAAUGGGCUUUGACCCCUUUACCCCUUGCUUAGUGAAGAAAGACUUUAGCAGGGUUUGUGAAUUAAGGGGAAGGAGUCACUAGAAUGAGAGAAAAGGAAGAAACAAGGGAGAGAAAAUUCUAUAAUAAAUUUAAGGGAGUGAAGAACUAGAUUGGGAGGAAGAGGCAUAGCAGGAUCAGAGUUAACUCCAGGUGUUUAAGGUGCUUGACAAACAUAGCUAAAUUAAGUAGAAUCAUUAGGAUCUGUAACUUCUGACCCAUGACUUACUUUUUUUUUUCUUUAUUGUUAUGACAUACUUUUUGAUUCCAACUCUCUCAGACAGCUCCUCGUCACUCAUCAUGGGCUGUGCCCCCAAUGCUUCACAUUCUCCAGUCUUCCUGCUCCUUGGGCUUUCAAGAGCUAAAGUCCCUCACAACCUCCUCUUUCUUCUGUUCCUGGCUAUUUACCUGACCACCAUAAUGGGGAACAUGACUCUGGUGUUGCUCAUCUCCCGUGACUCCAGGCUCCAGUCACCUAUGUACUAUUUACUUCGUGGCCUGUCUGUGAUAGACAUGGGGCUGUCCACAGUCACCCUGCCCCAGUUACUGUCCCAUCUGGUCUCUGAUUACCCAACCAUUCCUGCUGACCGCUGCUUGGCCCAGUUCUUUUUCUUCUAUGCAUUUGGAGUUACGGACACACUUGUCAUUGCUGUCAUGGCUCUAGAUCGCUAUGUUGCCAUCUGUGAUCCUCUGCAUUAUACUUUGGUGAUGAAUCGGCAACUCUGUGCCUGCUUACUGACCUUUAGCUGGGUGGUAUCCACACUGCACACUAUGCUACAUGUGGGACUCCUCUUACCCCUUCGAUGGGUUGGGGAUAAUUGGGACAACGUUAACCUUCCCCACUUCUUCUGUGACCACCGACCACUUCUGCGAGCCUCUUGCUCAGACACGCAUUCCAAUGAGCUAGCCAUAUUCUUGGAGGGUGGCUUCCUUAUGCUGGGCCCCUGUUCCCUCAUUGUGCUUUCCUAUGUUCACAUUGGGGCCACCAUCCUUCGUUUGCCUUCAGCUGCUGGUCGUCGACGUGCGGUCUCCACCUGUGGGUCCCAUCUCACUAUGGUUGGGUUCCUCUAUGGUACCAUUAUUUGGGUCUACUUCCAGCCUCCUUCACAGGAAUCUCAGGACCAAGACAUGGUGGCUGCAGUGAUGUACACAACCAUCACACCCUUGGCCAACCCGUUUGUAUACAGUCUCCGCAAUAAGGAUGUAAAGAGUGCGCUCCGCAGACUGCUUGGCCGGGGGAGGGUGGACUCCUGAUUAGUCCACCUAAGGACCACAUUGGAUAGGUGAAGACAAGAAUGGGAAGAUUUUGAGCAUUGUUGGUUAUAGGGAGAUGAGAGGGAGGAAUGACAAGAACAAUUUAAGAAAUUCCAGAUUUGGCCCUUCGUGAUGUGGUGCUCUGGCAGAACUGUGAACGUUAUACCUUCAUGCCCACAUGUACCCAGAGCUCCCUCAUUAGCACACAUUUGGAACCAUUUCUCAAGGUCAUUUAACUUUAAUACAAUUUUUUUUUUAAUUAAGGAAUAUUUUAAACUCAUAGAAAAUAGGCAGAACAGAAUAUUAUCAUUACUUAGCUUCAAUAAUUAUCAAUUUAUGGUAUUAUAGGUUGUGUACUCCCCAGAAGAUACGUUUAAGUCCUAACCCCUGUAUCUGUGAAUGUGACAUUGUUUGGAAAGGAGUUUUUCUUU